AUGUCCCAGUACGCCCCAGUUCGUUACUGGUGCUGCUGUCGCAGUUGUUGGUCCCGGUGCCCCCAGUUCACGGUUCCCCAGUACCCUCAGUUCCCCCAGUGUCCCCAGUUCUCCCAGUUCCGCAGUUCCCCAGUGGCCCAGUUCCCAGUGUCCCCGUGUCACUGUCCCCGUGUCCCCCCAGCCCACAUCGAGGUGAUUCCCUGCAAGAUCUGCGGGGACAAAUCCUCCGGGGUGCACUACGGGGUCAUCACCUGCGAGGGCUGCAAGGGUUUCUUCCGGCGCAGCGAGCGGCGCGGGCCCAGCCUGGCGUGCAGCCGCGGGCAGCGCUGCGACAUCGACCGCGCCACCCGCACCCGCUGCCAGCACUGCCGCCUGCAGAAGUGUCUGCGCCUCGGCAUGUCCCGGGCCGCCGUCAAGUUCGGCCGCAUGUCCAAGCAGCAGCGGGACCGGCUGCAGGCAGAGGUGCUGCAACAGCUGGAGCGGCGGGAGAACCGGGAACAUCUGGAACAGCUGGAGCGGCGGGAGAACCGGGAACAGCUGGAACAGCUGGAACGGCGGGAGAACCGGGAACAUCUGGAACAUCUGGAACAGCUGGACCAGCCGGAACCGCAGGGCAAAUGGGGAAAGGGGGAACAGCGGGAGCAGGAACGGGAGGCGCAGGGGACACCGCAGCCACCCCCCGCGGGGCGCUGUCCCCUGCUGUCCCCCGCUGUCCCCGCGGAGGAGGUGACAAAGCGGGGACAGGAUGGGGACAGGGCGGGGACAGCGGGGACAGCGCCGUCUCCUGACCCCGGUGCUGGCGGCGUCCCGGAGUCACCGCCGGGGCUGGAGAUCGAGCUGCUGACACAGAGUGUCCUGCUGUCACACCGCGCCACGUGUCACCCCCGCGCCGAGGAGCUGCAGGGACACCGCUGGGCCACCUUCACCCGCGAGGAGAUCUGCGCCUACCAGAGCCAGCCCAUGGCAGAGAUGUGGCAGCGCUGUGCCCGCCGUGUCACCGAGGCCAUCGAGCGCGUGGUGGAGUUCGCCAAACGCCUGCGCGGCUUCCUGGAGCUCAGCCAGCACGACCAGAUCGUCCUGCUCAAGGCUGGUGCCAUGGAGGUUGUCCUGGUCCGGAUGUGUCGCGCCUUCGACGCCGCCACCCGCACGGUUCUGUUCGAGGGCAAACUGGCCGGGCCGGAGCUCUUCCGCUCGCUGGGGUGUCCCGAGCUCGUCGCGUCCAUCUUCGACCUGGCGCAGGGGCUGAGCGCGCUGCGCUGCUCCGAGAGCGAGCUGGGGCUGCUGAGCGCGCUGCUGCUCGUCAACGCCGGCCGGCCGUGGCUGCAGGACCGGCCGCGGGUGGCCCGGCUCCAGGGACAUCUGGAUGUCGCCUUCCGGCUCCUGCUGCGCCGGACCCGCCGCGAGGGACUCCUGGCCAGGCUGCCCUCCCCGGGCCAGCUCCGCGCUCUCUGCUCGCAGCACCUGGAGCAGGUCCAGGCCUUCCGCCGCCUCCACCCCGGGGUGGUCUCGGCCUCCUUCCCCCCGCUCUACCGGGAGCUCUUCGCCGCCGACCCCGCCGAUGUCCCCGCGGGGACGCGCUGAGAGGGGCCCGGGGACCACCGGGACCUCCGGGACCUCCGGGAUCACCGGGACCUCCGGGACC